AUGGGUACUGACCAGUUGUUGAAAAGAAGUUGUAUUAAGAAGCGUCAGAAGAGAAUUUCUGUAACGUAUCCAUUUUAUUAUCUGCUUCGAGAGCAAAGAUUGGCGUGUCUUUUUGUUGGAAUUGCGAUAUCGUGUAUGGUUUUCACUAUCAUUCCCUCUGUUUCGCCGUCGCGUUAUGAGUGGAUCGCUGAAUCCAAUGAGCCCAUUCAAUUGCCCCGAAGAAUUACGUAUGAGUUACGCGAUGGAAUUGGGCACCACAGUGCAGGUGGAAAAAUUCCUUUGGGGUUGAAAAGUAAAAGUUUAAGGAUUUUGGUUACUGGUGGAGCUGGUUUUGUGGGGAGCCAUUUGGUGGAUCGUUUGAUAGCACGUGGCGACAGUGUGAUUGUGGUUGAUAAUUUUUUCACAGGACGUAAGGAAAAUCUUUUAUCCCACUUAAACAACCCCAAGUUUGAGCUCAUUCGACAUGAUGUAGUCGAGCCCAUUCUGCUAGAGGUGGACCAAAUCUACCAUUUGGCUUGCCCCGCAUCUCCAGUUCAUUACAAAAAUCACAAGACCAAUGUGAUGGGAACACUGAACAUGUUGGGGCUAGCAAAGCGGGUCGGCGCCCGGUUUCUGCUUACAAGCACCAGUGAGGUGUAUGGUGAUCCUUUGCAGCAUCCACAGGCCGAGACUUACUGGGGCAAUGUCAAUCCAAUCGGUGUUCGAAGUUGUUAUGAUGAGGGCAAGCGUACAGCUGAGACAUUGACCAUGGAUUACCACAGGGGACUUAACCUCGAGGUGAGAAUUGCUAGAAUUUUCAACACUUAUGGUCCACGCAUGUGCAUCGAUGAUGGACGUGUUGUCAGCAAUUUUGUUGCCCAGGCCUUGAGAAAAGAACCUUUGACAGUUUAUGGGGAUGGAAAGCAAACUAGGAGCUUCCAAUAUGUUUCUGAUUUGGUGGGAGGUUUGAUGCGAUUGAUGGAAGGAGAUCAUGUCGGUCCUUUCAAUCUCGGUAACCCUGGUGAAUUUACAAUGCUUGAACUUGCUCAGGUUGUGCAAGAGAUAAUCGAUAGGAAUGCUAAGAUCGAGUUUAGGCCAAACACUGAGGAUGACCCCCACAAGAGGAAGCCUGACAUUUCAAAAGCCAAAAAACUUCUUGGGUGGCAGCCGACUGUGUCCUUAAGGGAAGGACUUCCCCUCAUGGUAACUGACUUCCGGCAACGCAUAUUUGGUGACGAGAAGGAUAAUACCGGAGCCCUCCCCAUUUAA